UUGAAAUGAUAGUGAAAAACUUCUUGACUUGACUUUACUUGUUGCCUCAGUGAGGGUGGGGAACUGCGCCCUCCUACCAAGAAGAAAUGAAAAACAGUAGUUUGGCUAAAACGCUUGUUCCACAUCACACAGAAGAAACCUCAGAGCUCCGAAAUACUGUACUGAAGAAGUUAUUUGAAAGAUUUAACCAACAUCAUGUCUUCAGUUGAAAGUGACUACUAUUAUGACUAUGAUUCAAUUACAGAUAAGCCACCAGCUCAAGCACGUUGUACAGACGCAACGUGUGUUUUACUGGCAACAGUCAAUGUGAUAAUUGUGCUUCUUGGUAUCACUGGAAAUGGUUUGGUGAUCUGGAUUGCAGGGUUUAAGAUUAAGAAAACAGUCAACUCUGUCUGGUACCUCAGCCUCGCUGUGUCCGACUUCCUCUUCUGUGCCUUCCUGCCCUUGUCCAUUGUCUAUAUUAUUAAAAGUGAAUGGGAAUUUGGGCUUUUCAUGUGCAAGUUUGCAUCCUUCAUCUUGUCCCUCAACAUGUUCAGCAGCAUCUUCCUCCUUCUCAUCAUCAGUGUGGAUCGCUGUGUUGUGGUGAUGUUUCCUGUAUGGGCACAAAACAAGCGCACUCUACGCAGGGCCUUGGUGAUGGUUUUACUAGCUUGGAUCGCCUCAGCAUUACUGAGUCUGCCAGCAACCAUUUUCCAAGAUAUAGAUAUAAUUAGCAACAAAUGCUUCAGCAACUACAACCAUGAUAAUGAACAUGUCGCUGUAGUGGUAUUCCGAUUCAUUUGUGGCUUUGCAAUUCCCUUUCUGAUCAUCAUCACCUGUUACAUCCUCAUCAUCUGAAAGCUGAGAAAUAACCAGAUGGCGAGGUCCAAUAAGCCAUUUAGCGUCAUGACAACACUGAUAGUGGCUUUCUUCAUAUGCUGGCUGCCUUACCACAUUUUUAAAUUAUUGGAAUUAGACCACAACUAUCAUCAUGUCAUUCCUACUGGGCAACGAUUUGGAAUCACUCUUGCUAGCGCCAACAGCUUUAUGAACCCGUUGCUUUACGCUUUCAUGGGAAAGGACUUUAAGAGAAAAUGUUAUGCAAUUCUCUCCAAGAUUGAGAGCACAUUCGAGGAGGAAGCCCAGGGCACACUCCGAGGGACGUCUAUUACUAACUCAGGAGACGGCAAACUUUCCACUUCAGUUUAAAGCAAAUUCUACAUUAACAAAUUAAUCUUUUUCUGUCAACAAAC